AUGGCCGCUCCGUAUUAUAAGCCAUUCAUGGAUGACUUCUUGCAGAUUGUUGCUGGAACGAUCGUUUUGUACCAUACAACCUAUGAGGAAGGAGUUGGCAUUGUGCCUCUGGUCGGGCUCGAGGAUUACACGGCCGAUGUCUCCUUUGCUUUCUUCCCUACUCGAUCCUUGACUCAGGAUUUCCAAGAUGAUCUUUCCCUAGUCUCUCGGGCUGUGAACGCGGACCUUCUCGAGUCUAACGAUGCGCCCUCGAGCAUUGCCAGUGGCUGGUGCACUGACGAUGCGUUGGACGAAGAGCGCCCUGGAAAGGGAUCAGAGCAGCCAUGGAUGUCGAUGGUGAUAUGGAAGGACACAGAAACCCGACAGAGGUCAUGGGAUCGCAAUGCUGUUCUUGGUGAUAUUCCGAAACUCGUUGAAGGAAAGGGAGAGCUGGAAAUCUACGAGGUCGAGUUCCAACCUGUGAUUCCCAAGCCCUAA